GCCCAGUCUAAAAACGGCGUCGUUGAACAUUCACCGCCUGCAAGAAACUUUAUUAUCCCUUUUGUACCCUCAAAACACAACGACCUCUCUCUCUCUCUCUCUCUCUCUACCAAACCCUAAUCCUAAAUUCCACCGAUCCUUCAAUCCAAUCUCACAGGUUAAGUUUAGUCAAUGAAUGUUUGAUUGAUGGAUGAUGAUAGUAGAGAUGGAUAAAAUGUCUGCUCCUUCAUCGCGGGAGCGUGCACAACGCCUUCUGGACAAUGUCAUUGAAUUGGAGAAAAAGCGCCGUAAAUCAGCUCAGACACAGGUCCCGUCAGAUCCCAAUAUUUGGCCACAGUUGCGUGAGAAUUAUGAGGCAAUAAUUCUUGAGGAUUAUGCUUUUUCUGAGAAGCACGGUAUUGAGUUUGCUCUUUGGCAAUUGCAUUACAAACGGAUUGAAGAGUUAAGGGCAUAUUUCAGUGCUGCUCUUACUUCUGCAAGCUCAAAAUCAUCCGAGGGUGGGAAAGGUUCUGCACGACCUGACCGGAUAACUAAAAUAAGGCUGCAGUUGAAGACUUUCCUUUCAGAAGCAACUGGAUUUUACCAUGAUCUUAUCAUGAAAAUCAAAGCGAAGUAUGGGCUUCCUCUUGGUUACUUUGAGGACUCGGAGAAUCGGAUUGUGAUGGAGAAAGAUGGAAAGAAAUCAGCUGAGAUGAAGAAAAGUUUGAUAUCCUGUCAUCGUUGUUUGAUAUACUUGGGUGAUCUUGCUCGCUACAAAGGAUUGUAUGGAGAAGGUGACUCUAAAAAGCGUGAGUUUACAGCAGCUUCUAGUUACUAUAUACAAGCUGCGUCUAUUUGGCCUCCAAGUGGGAAUCCCCACCAUCAGCUGGCUUUGUUGGCUUCAUAUUAUGGUGAUGAGCUUGCAACUAUUUACCGAUAUUUUCGGAGUCUGGCUGUGGAUAGUCCAUUUACAACUGCUAGAGAUAAUUUAAUAGUCGCAUUUGAAAAGAAUCGACAAAGUUACUCUCAGCUUUCUGGUGAAGUUAAAGCUGUUGCAGUCAAGGAAUCGUCUGGGCAAUUAGCUGGCAAAGGAAGAGGAAAAGUGGAAGCAAAACUUGUGACAAGGAGUAACGGUGUGCAGGCCUGUACUAAAAAUGAAGGAGCAUCCAAUGUACAAGAGACUUACAAAUCUUUCUGCACUCGCUUUGUCCGUCUAAAUGGAAUCUUGUUCACCCGUACAAGCCUGGAGACUUUCACUGAAGUUCUCUCUCUUAUAUGCACUGGCCUGCGUGAACUUCUGUCGUCAGGCCAAGAUGAAAAGCUGAAUUUUGGCCAGGAUACUCUUGAGAAUGGUCUUGCCAUUGUCAGAAUUAUUUCCAUUAUCGUCUUCACAGUUCAUAAUGUGAAUAAGGAAUCUGAAGGUCAAACUUAUGCAGAAAUUGUACAGCGUGCUGUUCUACUUCAGAAUGCAUUCACUGCAGCUUUCGAACUGAUGAGUAUUAUAAUAGAGAGAUGCAGCCAGUUGCAGGAUCCUACUUGCAGUUAUCUUUUACCUGGCAUUUUGGUUUUUGUUGAGUGGUUGGCAUGUUACCCUGAUCAUGCUGCUGGCAAUGAUGUGGAUGAGAAACAAGCGGCCGUUAGAUCAAAAUUUUGGAAUCAUUGUAUUUCCUUCUUGAACAAGCUACUAUCAGUUGGGUCUAUGUCUAUUGAAGGUGAUGAAGAGGAUACUUGUUUUAGUAACAUGAGUAGGUAUGAAGAAGGGGAAACUGAUAACCGGCUUGCUUUGUGGGAGGACUUUGAGUUAAGAGGAUUUGUUCCACUUCUCCCUGCACAAACGAUCUUGGAUUUUUCAAGGAAGCAUUCCCUUGGAAGUGAUAGUGAAAAAGAUAGAAAAGCGCGGGUCAAAAGGAUUUUAGCUGCAGGAAAGGCUUUAUCUAACAUUGUUAGGGUUGAUCAGAAAAUGAUAUAUUUUGACUCCAAGGGAAAGAAAUUUAUAAUUGGUGUUGAGCCUCGUAUCUCAGACGAUUUUGUUCUUGCCUCUGCCAUACCUGUCGAGGAUGGGUUAUUGAAAGAAAAUACAGCAGACAACCCAAAGUUAGGGAUUGUUCAGCCAGACCACCACCAGCAUGUGGAAGAAGAGGAUGAUGACGAGGUUAUUGUUUUCAAACCUAUAGUAGCCGAGAAGCGAACAGAUGUGGUAGUUUUAUCGUCAGGGGAAUCCGACAAAGGCUUGGAGCCUGUCCCAACAGCUUCAGGAGGGAAUAUAAAAUAUAACGUCAAUUCUGCUUUUAACCCUUCCAAUGAUGUAAACCAUCAAACAUUUUUGCCUGCUUCUGCUGGUUAUAUGGGGCCUCAAUACUUGCAACCUGUUCACCAACAUUCUUCAAGGUGGGUAGAGGAGGGAAUGUCUCUGGCCAACUGUUUUGAUGGUCUUGGAUUCUUGGAGAAUGGGCAUGUAGUAAAACCUGAGCUCUCACUGCCUGAAGCUUUACCAAUCAUUAACCAUGCCUCACUUACAGUUCCUAUCCAUCAAUCUGUAAGUACUGGUGCUAAUUCAUUUUAUGGUCUCUCAAAAGCUGAAGACUUCACGAUACCAUUCAAAGUUGAUACUGUUGCAUCUUCCGGAGUCAUUACUGAUAACUCUUAUGUGAAGUCAUCGUCAGUUUUGCAAGCUGGUUUGAAAAAAUCUCCAGUCAGCCGUCCUUCUAGGCACCUCGGACCUCCCCCUGGUUUCAGUCAUGUUUCUCCUAAGCUAGACAUGGAAUCUACUGUUUCAGAUUCAAUUAGUGGGAAUCCCGUUAUGGACGAUUACAGUUGGUUGGAUGGAUAUCAGUUGCCUUCAUCAACCAAAGCUUUAUGUCCAGAUGGUCCUAUGACUUACACCCAAACAAAUACCCAGCAAAUAAAUAACAAUAUUUUGAGUGGGCCAGCUUGCUUUCCCUUCCCUGGAAAACUACUUCCAUCUGCAAUGCAGGGGGGUAUGCAGAAUGGUUGGCAUACUUCUGAGCUAUUAAAAGCACACCAUCAACAGCAACUGCAGCCACCGCAACCACUCACAAAUGGAAAUCAGCAUUUUACUUCACUGCCUGAGCAAUUUCAAGGACAGUCAAUCUGGACAGGUCGUUACUUGGUGUGAUGUCGGUUUAAGAAUAUUGACGUUAUGUAUUGGAGGUUCUUGAAGGAUUCUUACAGAUCCAUUCAAACUCCAACUCAGCUUCUUGUCAGUGACUGUUAUUGGAGUUUAUUUGGCCUAGACUUGUUGCAGGAAAUUGCUACUCCAAAAGUUUAUACUGAGCUCUAAAGACCGAAGGAAGGAAGAUAAGAAAGCAUCUUUACAGUUCGAAGUUCGUUAUGUAAAUGCCUUUUCUGGUUGGGGACGGAUAGUAGAAGGUGAUACAUAGAAGAUUAUCCAGUUUUCUUGGGGCUUUUUUCUUCUGGUAUUGGUGGUAUGCCUGUGGUUUGUUCGCUUAUUGGAAAUGUCAUAACGGUGCACCUUUAAUGUAAGAAAUUUUACCAUCAACUAGCUGCCAAUGAUACGUAGUGCUAGCACUUCUUCUUCCCCAAAGCUUCAAACUAGUUGGGGAGGUUGAUACGUUUGAAGUGGUUGUCUGAAGUUGGAUAAUGGGAUAUGCUAAUGACGUUGUGGAGCAUGCUUAUGCUCGAAUAACUACUUUGCUACAUGUGUUUAGGGGUUUCAACUCCGUUAAGGUUCUUAUACUUUGUUUGCAUGACAAGUGAUAUUGGUUCACUUUUCUUUUUUAUUUCAAGUCAGGGAUUUACUUGAACUUUAUAUAUAAAUAAUACCUGUUGGAUUGUUGGUCGUGAAUAUGUCUUUUCUGUCCUUGUGGAUAUGAUGUAUCUAUCUAUAAUAAGAUUAAGCUGUCUCUUACCUUCACCUAUGCAGCAAUGUUUGAUUGUUUAUGUUGAAAA